UUUUAAAAAAUCAUAUUUAUUCGGUUGUACCAAAACUGUAGAUUCAAUAAAGUGGGGUGAUUAUUUAUUGUACUGCCCAGAAUAAGCUAUUUUCACAUAAAAGUUUACAUAUAGUUCACAAGACAAAUUAACUGAAUUUACACAAUGGCCUAGUUCAAAACUUUACACACCCUUGAUUCUUUGUUGAACUGUUUUAUUAUUUUUUCUUCUGGGUAGUAGAAGGUCCUUGUCAUGUUAUUAGUAAUAGGUAAAGUUACAUUUGAACUAUUAUUUAAAUCUAAAUGUAUUUUUGGUUAUUAUUUGAUUAUUUGGUUGUACCAAAGCAGGAGAAUUGGUGGAAACAUAGUAGUAAUAGUUUUUGUAAUAGUUACAAUUAAACGUCAAUUAAAAAAGUAAAGUUAAACUUUUUUUGUAUGUAUUAUUUCUAUUUGGAUGUACCAGCUGUAGUUUCAGAAAAAUUUAGAAAAAUGGUCCAUUCAAUAACCCAGACACUAAAGAGACUGAGAGACUUGGGUUUUUGGGAAAGCUUUUCUUUUGCGCCAGGAUUUGAAGUAAUCCAGCAUAAUAUUUGUUUACUAGCAGUCUUGUUUCAUGUUUUGGAAAGGUUGGGUUGUGGGGUAUUGGCUGAGAAAACAGAAGAGAAAGUGCCCUAUCAUGGCUUACUAGGAGGUCCAAGUCUGGCUCAGUAGUAUAAAUAGGGCUGGGUUAUUCCCAUCAGCAUUCACUUGCAUUUGCUCAAUCUAGCAACAGGAUGUGGAACAUCAGUGAAGUUGCUCUUCGGCUCCCAAACUCCACGGCUUCUGACCGUCUUCUUCAGCCCCUGUGGGACUACCUGUUGUUCCGGCACUACACCCUGGUCUCGUCUCCAUUCUUCCCAGUACUGCUCGCCUUCUCCUGCUAUUUCAUCUUCAGCGUCCCCUUCGCCAUCCUGGAUGUCUUGGGAGAGAGAGCUCCUCUCUUUGAGUACAAGAUCCAAAAGCAGCGCCGUCCCACCGUCGGCAUGAUGCUGAGGACUCUGGGAACGGCGGUGUACAAUCAUCUAGUGUUUGUGCUUCCGGGUGUGUUGAUAACCAAUGUGAUGAUGCCUGCACCUCCACUUCCUGCAGUUGCUCCAACAGUAUGGGAACUGAUCUCCGGCGCGUUGGGUGUUCUGCUCAUCUUUGACACCCAGUACUUCUUUUGGCACUUGGUGCACCACAAAAACACUCACCUGUAUAGAUGGGUCCACGCCAUCCAUCACGAUUACAUCUCACCGUUCUCCUGGUCCACCCAGCACCUCAGCGCUGUGGAGUUGAUGACGGUGGGCUUCUGGAGCAACAUCAAUCCCAUCCUGCUCAAGUGCCAUCCUCUGACCAUAUGGACUCUCUCUGUUUUCAGCAUUUGGAUGUCUGUGGAAGACCAUAUCGGCUAUGACCUGCCUUAUUCGCCUGGCCACCUGGUUCCGUUUGGGCUUCUUGGAGGAGCGAUGGCCCAUGAUAUACAUCACCAGAAACCCAGCAGCAACUUUGCACCUUUCUUUAGUCACUGGGACAGACUCUUUGGCACUGCCGUAACAGAGAAACCGAGUAAGAAAAUUGAUGACGAGAAGUAGACGGCUUCUUCAGUUUUAAACCUUUAAUCUGUGUAAAUAUAAAGCGUUUCAAUUCUUGUAUAAAUAUUGUAUUUUUCUAUUCUUGUAUUAUUGUUUGCAUUCUAUAUGGUUAAGUGAAUAAAGAACAUUUCUGUAUGUUUUAUUGUGCAUGUCUUGCAGUGAAGUUUCAGAAGAUUAAAUAUGCAGUCCAUUUUUCUUAUAAAAAUAAUCUGUUGCCCUAUACAGUACAUAAGCCACACAUUUUACAUUUAAACACUUCAUCCAAAGCGAAUUACAAAAUAGGAA